CUGCUAAUAUAGGUUUGUCCUCCCCUUCACAUUUCUGCGUGGUGAUCUCUCCCGGCUGGCACUGACUGUCAUGGCGCUGUACUGUGUGCAGGGCCGAAUUGGUCUUUUAACAAGGUAUGCAUCGUGCGUAUUUCCCCAUAAAGGACCAAAUACAACAGCUCUCCUGAGUCCUGCGCUGAAACCAAAGGUCCCCUCUAUUAGAAAUGCGUCUGGAUUUGCCUCUCUAGUCUCCAGACCGGCACAAAAUCUUUCUUUGCCGGCAACGACACAGCCACAAACUAUAUCUGGGUAUCUAAGACCUGCUCAGAGUCUAUCCAUUCUUAACAGGGUAACACAUCUACUUCCAUGCAUCCUCCACCAGCCUGCAAGAUCCCUCACAUACUUUGGCUUAAGAAAGGGAAAGAGAAAAACUGUUAGAGCCGUUACUCAACGCUUCAUGCGACUACACUGUGGGCUGUGGAUCCGGAGAAGGGCUGGCUACAAGAAAAGAUUGUGGAAAAAGAAAGCGGCAAAGAAAAAGCGCCUGCGAGAAAUUGUGUUUUGUAAUAAAACUCAGUGCAAGCUCCUUGAUAAGAUGACCAGUCCUUUUUGGAAAAGACGCAACUGGUACAUUAAUGAUCCAUACCAGAAGUACCAUGAUCGCACUAACCUUAGAGUCUAGACCCAGCAAUAAUCACCAACAUAUGUCUAUUUCUCUAGCAACGUAAUAUAUUACUCAAACAUAAAUAAAACACAUGAAAUAUA